GAUCCGGUUCCUGCGCGGCCAUGUUGCAUUCUGGCUUCUGUCUUUUUGUUUGUUUCUGAUGGUUUUCUGAUGAAGACUCCUCAGUGUGGGCAAAGACCAGUUGCUGGGAAGGUAAAACAUGUCUCUCACAUCAAGCUGUGAACGCUCUGGCAGAAGGCGCUCUCAUUCCACUCCUCGUAAGGAAAGCAAAACUGGAUCCAAGAGCCAUAACCUCAACAGUUCAAUCGACUCUACUUACUCCUUGCUGUCACCCAUCUACCAUGACAGCUUUGAGAGUAGUGACGAGGAUCAAGCUUUGGAGCAGGACAUAACGACAGAUAGAUCUAAAGAUGAAGAACCAAGGUCUCCAGAUUGCCAAGAUAAUGGAACACACAGCAAGGCCUCAGAAUUAUCGCAGCAAGAGUUGAAUCUUACUCCCUGGGAGACAUGGAUUAUUUGCAAAGAAAAACAAAUGCGCAUUGAGUUGGAAAAUAAAUUAUCAGAGAAAUUAAAACAAGAGGAAGAAAGAUUAAAACUGCAACAGGAAAAAGAAAUGAAAAAGUUACUGGCUGAGGAGCAACACAAGCAGUGGGUCCAGAAAAAACUAGAACAGGAAAAAAAGGAAAAAGAGCAGCAACUCCUAAGGGCACAAAGGAAAAAGGAACUGGAAGAAAUGCAGAAAAUGACAAUACAAGAAAAGAGCAGAGAGAAGUAUCAGGAAUGGUUAAGGAAAAAGGAAGAGGAGGACCAGGAACGCAAACGAAAAGAAAAGGAGGAAGAGGAGAAACGGUUAGCCGAGCAGAAAGAAAAGAGAGAGAAGGCAGAGAUGACGUUUAAAGAAUGGGUGGAACGGGCAAAGACCAGACCCCGGGCCCCGUUAAACAGCUAUGGUUACGCAAACGGGAAGCUAACAGGAUACUAUGACGGAUGCUCCUAUCCUGCCCCAGGCUUCUAUAAUCCCGUUCCAUGGAAACCAAUUCACGUGCCACCACCUCAAAAGGAAGGAGCCCAAGAUCCAUCUAGGAAGAAGAAAAAGAAACCUGUAUCCAGCCAGCUCUAUCGACCAAACUCGGUCCCACCCUGUAAACCCAAGGACAAUCUCCGUGUAGGAGUAGGGUUGUUCAAAAGAUGAGCCUUCAUCGGAACGGAUGAGUUUGACGGUGGCAAGUCCUGGCAGUCAAAGAAACCUCACUCCGUCGAUUCCUAAUAUCAGUCUGUGAAUACUGAGCACCAGCACUGUGAUGAGAACCUCGCUGGCUAUUAUGUGAACCCAUAUAAGAUGUAAGAUGGUUUUCUAAUCUUCAACCUAAACUCUGUGCCGAACUUAAAUUGUCAAAGCCUAAAAAACCCGAAAUAUACUAUUGCCAAGGAGAAAAGUUACUUACAAAAAGUACCUAAGCAGAAUAGGUCGAAUUCUUUUUCCAGCCAUGCACACAC